UCUGUAACAAACCACACAAUAAAUCGGAUUUAUUAGCAAACCUUCGCCUAAAACUAAUGCAAACCGUUUGAUAUUAAAAAUUCCCGUAAAUACCCCAAUUUUUGCGCAAACGCGUGCCAGUUGCCACCCCUGUCCCCCAAAUGUCAAUUUGACAUUGUUAAAAAAAAUCCAAAUAUUUUUUGAUUUCGUUUAUCCCGCUCUGAACCACGACCACAACCGAAAUGGAAGACGACAAUUCCAUGUCGCAGCGCAUUUUACACACACUGGAAACCAUCCUAACCAACGACCCCUUACUCAAAGACUUCAUAAUAAUCCCGUGCGAAAGCAACACAAAAAACAAAUCGCCCGUCUUGUACGAAGAACACAACAUCGGACUCGAAUCAUGGUGUGUGAAGCACAUCUACCGAUACGCUUAUCUAGAACUGUUCGAAACACGCAAACUGCUCGCAAAACGCAAACUCUCCUUCUCGAAACAAAACAACCUGAACCGCCUCCUAAUCGGAGUUUUAUUAAUAAACCCCGACGUUUCGACCUUUUGGAACAUGAAACGCGAACUGGUCGAAAACGACGUCAUUGGCGCCGCCAACGAGCUCCUCUUCGCCAGACUCGUCCUCUCGUACAAGAGCAAAUCAAACGAGGCGUUUGCGUACCGCCGCUGGCUCCUGGGGCGCACCUUGGCCAAGCUGCAAGCCAACGACUUGACAACCCCCCGGAAUUUGCUCGAAAACGAGCUGGCGGUGUGCGAAAUGGGGGCCCAAAAAAACGCCAACAACUACCACGCUUGGAGCCACCGCGUGUGGAGUCUCGAGACUCUGGGGGCCCGCACCGCCAACUUCAACGUGAUAAUGGACGAGCUUACCUUUAGCGAAAAAUGGGUCUCGGGACACGUGUCCGAACACACGGGGUUCCACUACAGACAAUACUUGUUCAACACGGUUAGGAAAAGUAGGAACAUUACAAGCGUAUACGAGUUUUAUUUUUGCGAAACCGUCAAACUGUUAGGUUUAGUUGGGGAGAAUGACCCAAGAGACAUCCUCACCUUCCUGCUAGGGAAGGAGAAAUCGCAGGGGAAACCCCUGGAGGAGACGAUCAAUUUCGUCAAUUUCUUCUGUUUGCUACUCUAUGACCUGUACAACGUUGUGGAAACGCUAAACUCGCUCUACCCCAACCACGAGUCCAUAUGGUACCACCGCCGGUUUCUCGUCUACCAUUUGGUUAAAACCGCCCAUGAGUACCAUGGUUUGGCGUUCAAAACCGACGUAAAGCUGGACGAAGUGAUUUUGUACGGGACAAAUAUCGUUAAUGUGGACGGGGAAAAGCAACCAAAACUGUUCAAAAGUCAGCCAAAUAAAGUGCAGUCGUGUCGCUUGUACCAGACUUUGGUCAAGAACGAAGCUGAAUUCAUUCGGAAAAAUCUCGUACAAUCGGCACAAUUUCACGAGCUUGAGUUGGCAAGACGGUACGAAAAGUGGCUGAAAUUCGUCGUUUGCAUGGAAGAUGUGUGAUCAAUGUACAGGGUGCGGCAUGGAUGUCGAGAGAGUUUAGAGAAAAACGAGUGACACAUUCACGGGUCAAAACCGCAUCUCGCUAUCGUCUUUUGUUUUCGACUUAUAAACAAAAGUUUAUUUUUUAUAUCUUCCUUAUUAUAAAAGAUACACAUUUGAACCAAAGACGUUUACAGAGAAUUUAGUAAUGUUAUCAGCGAUUUUUUUUAAUCAUUCCUUUAGCUGUAAUAACAUAAAGUUGUAUUUUUUUAAAUGAGAAUCAUAGUUGGCUAUGACAUUUUCGAAAAGCUUAUUUUUUUCUGAUUUGAUAUGUCCAUUUGUGUAAUACAUUAAUUUUGAAUAUUUAAGAAAAAACAAAAAAUUUCGCUUUUUCUUUAUAGUAGGCCAUGAAAAAAUUUUGGAUUUUUAAUUAAAACUAUGAAAAUUGUAUUACCCAACAAGUAUUUAUAAUUUAAUGUUUUUUUGAACCCUAAUUAAUUCAAAAACAGCAUAAUAAAUUUUUAUUAGAUCAAAUUUUUGCAAUUAAUAAAAAUUAUUUGUUUUUAUAUUUAAAAUGGCAAGCUUACGUUGUCAUUCUAUUUUCCAAUUUUAAACAAGAAAUGUCGGAAGAAGAAAAAUCUUAUUAAUUGUAUGAUUGCGUAUCAAUAAAAUUUUAUUUUACAAAAAAAUGUCAAUCCAAACACCAAAAUCAAAUUCCAUCUGCGGUAAAAAAAUACACAACAUUAUCAACGUCACCUCCAUUGCACUAAAUCAUAAAAAAGUGGCAUCAAGUGGUAGUGAGACAUCGUUUGCAAUUUUCUGCACAUUUUUUAUGUAAUUAAAAUCUGCGACGUUCGUAUAUUUGUUCAAUUGAAAAUAACUUUAACUUAUUUUUAUAAUUUCACAUUUUUUACUUUAAUAUCCGGUCACAAAAUUUCUAGAUUAUUUACACCUUUUAUGUGAAAUAAUUUUUCCAUGGCCAACUACUUUCAAAUAUUUUAAAUAUAUUUUUAUCAAAAAUAUAUAAAAAUAUCAAACUGUAUUUAUAUCGUCUUUAGUUCAGAAAAAAUAAGCUUUUCGAAAAUGUCAUAGCCAACUAUGAUUCCCAUUUAAAAAAAUACAACUUUAUGUUAUUACAGUUAAACGAAUUUUUGAAAAAAAUCGCUGAUAACAUUACUAAAUUCUCCGGAAAAGAGUGCUUGUAUAAUGUCUUUGUUUCAAACGUGUAUCUUUUAUAAUAAGAAAGAUAUGAUUUUUUUAAGAUUUCGCUAAAAUGUCAAUUUUUGUUUAUAAGUCGAAAACAAAAGACGAUCGGGAGAUGCGGUUUUGACCCGAGAAUGUGUCUCUAAUUUUUCUCUAACCUCUUAAUUUCGGACACCCAAAAAGCAGCACCCUGUACAAACGAACAGUACCUUAAAGUUUAUUUGUUUAAGAUGCACAAAUUUCGGGGAAGUUUCCCGCUAGGGGCGCCCCACACGUGCCAAAAUAGGUCAGAUAGACAGAGUCACAUACAAUGUUUCCUUCCGGUAACAAUAACUGAUCAAAGUGGCCUGUGAUUGGCUCGGGCCACUUUGAUUCGAAAAUUAAUACGCGCCAUCCAAGUGGCCUAGUCACAACCCAACAAAUGUAAAACAAAUAAAUUACCGUAUCUCUGACUCAAAA